GCGCCCUCUCUCUCAGCCACCACCACUGCCGCCACCCCCAUUGUCACCUCUGUGCUCGUUGCCCGCCUGCAUGCUCGGUGCUCUUGCGCCCGGCCGCGACUGCGUCGAGCGACGCUAUCCGCCCGCGGAGACAUGAGGCUCGGCCCGUGGGCCUCCCUGGCCCUGGGGCUGCUGCGCCUCUGCCUGGCCCAAGCCAACUUCGCCCCCUACUUCUUCGAUAACGGCGUCGGCAGCACUAAUGGAAACAUUGCCCUAUUCAGCCUCCGGGAGGACACUCCUGUUGGCUCUCAUGUGUAUACCCUGAAUGGGACAGACCCAGAGGGAGACCCUGUCACCUACCAUAUCAGCUUUGACCCCGGUGCUAGAAGUGUCUUUUCCAUUGACCCCAAUUUUGGAAACAUCACCUUGGUUCAAGAGCUAGACAGAGAGAGGGAGGAUGAGAUUGAAACUAUCAUCAGCAUUUCUGAUGGCGUGAAUCUGGUGACAGAAAAAGUUGCGAUCCUGGUGACUGAUGCCAAUGAUGAGAUGCCCAGGUUUAUCCAGGAGCCUUACGUUGUCCAGGUUCCUGAGGACACACCUGCUGGGAGCAGUAUCUUUAAGGUUCAUGCCGUGGACAAGGACACAGGGUCUGGAGGGAGUGUCACCUACUUCCUACAGAAUAUGCAGUCCAGCAAAUUUGCCAUGGACCACCACAGUGGUGUGCUUCGCCUCCGGUCUGGGACCACCCUGGACUAUGAGAAGGCCCGGGCCCAUUUCAUCACUGUGGUUGCCAAGGAUGGCGGAGGGAGGCUGCAAGGAGCUGACGUGGUGUUCUCGGCCACCACCACAGUCACAGUCAAUGUGGAGGACGUGCAGGACAUGGCUCCUGUCUUUGUGGGUACACCCUACUAUGGCUAUGUAUACGAGGACACCAUUCUGGGCUCGGAGGUACUGACAGUGGUCGCCAUGGAUGGAGAUCGGGGCAAACCCAACCGCAUUCUCUAUAGCCUCCUGAAUGGGAGUGAUGGAGCAUUUGAAAUUAAUGAGACUUCUGGAGCCAUCAUGGUCACACAGAGCCCUGCCCAGCUCCGGAGAGAGGUGUAUGAGAUGCAUGUACAGGUGACUGAGGUCAGCUCUGCAGGGAGCCCAGCUGCCCAGGCCAUGGUCCCUGUCACCAUCACAAUCGUGGACCUCAACAACCAUCCACCUACAUUCUAUGGAGAGAGUGGACCCCAGAACAGAUUCGAGCUGUCCAUGUAUGAGCACCCACCCCAGGGGGAGAUCCUGCGGGGCCUCAAGAUCACUGUCAAUGACUCAGACCAGGGAGCCAAUGCUAAAUUUAACCUGCGCCUGGUGGGACCUGGGGGCAUCUUCCGAGUGGUCCCACAGACAGUCCUGAAUGAGGCCCAAGUCACAAUCAUCGUGGAGAAUUCAGCUGCCAUUGACUUUGAAAAGUUCAAAGUGUUAACGUUCAAGCUCCUGGCCAUUGAAGUGAACACCCCAGAGAAGUUCAGCUCCACAGCAGAUGUAGUGAUCCAGCUCCUGGACACCAACGACAAUGUCCCUGAGUUCACCUCUCACUACUAUAUUGCCAAGAUCCCCGAGAAUGCAUCAGGGGGCACCAACGUGGUGGCUGUCACAGCUGUGGAUCCAGACACAGGACCCUGGGGUGAAGUCAAAUACUCCAUCUAUGGGUCUGGGGCAGACCUCUUCCUGAUUCACCCAUCCACUGGGAUCAUCUGCACCCAGCCCUGGGCCAACCUGGAUGCCGAGGCCAUUGCCAGGUACAACUUCUAUGUGAAGGCGGAGGACAUGGAGGGCAGGUACAGCCUGGCGGAGGUGUUCGUCACUCUGCUGGAUGUCAAUGACCACUACCCCCAGUUUGGAAAGAGCAUACAGGAGAAGACUAUGGUGUUGGGGACCCCAUUGAAAAUUGAGGCCACAGACCAGGAUGCAGAGGAGCCCAACAACCUGGUGGACUAUUCCAUCACCCACGCAGAGCCAGCCAAUGUGUUCGACAUCGAUGCACGCACAGGGGAGAUCCGGCUCAAGAACUCCAUCCAGUCUUUGGAUGCCCUGAAUAAUGUCACGCACAACAGAGACUACACGUGGUCCCUGGAGGUGCAGGCCAAGGACCGUGGCUCCCCAUCCUUCAGCACCACGGCCUUACUCAAGAUUGAAGUUAUAGGCACUGAGAUGCUGUCCCAAAGCCCCAUGGACGCCUUCCUGAUGCAGACAAAAGACAACCCCAUGAAGGCUGUGGGUGUGCUGGCAGGCAUCAUGGCCAUUAUAGUGGCCAUAACUGUCCUCAUUUCCACUGCCACCUUCUGGCGCAACAAGAAGUCCAACAAGGUUUUGCCAGUGCGGCGCAUGCUCCGCCAGCGGCCCAACCCUGCACCCCAUGCUGUCCACAUCAAGUGGCUCAAGUUCAACAAGACCAAGGCUGCUGCUAAGUUUGUGCUCAGAGAGGAUCCUUCCAAUGAGAACUGCAACAACAGCCUAGGAAGUCCCCCAGUCCCCAGAGCCCCAGCUCCCCCUCCUCCACCUAGAAUGGCGCCCAGCAUGGGUGUAGCCCCCUGGACUGUGCCUACAGUCUCUGGCUCACUCACCCCUUCACAACCUCAGCAGUCACCCAAAACCAAAGCCUUGGAAAGCCCUAUCCAGUCAAUUCUGGUCUCUGAGCUCAGGCAAAAGUUUGAGAAGAAGAGUAUAGUUAACAAGGCUUACUUCUAG